UCCGUCCUCUGAUUGGCGGAUGUUGGGUUUGUUUUUUUCGGGGUGCUGGUGGUGCUGCGAAUUGAGAUCGCGAUUCUAACAGACUGCACAUUAUUUUCGUCACGACUGCGACAGAAACAGAUCUGGCAAUCCGACAGCCGUAUGAAUUUCUUACUCUGGAUGUGUUUCAUGGUUUAUAUAAAACCGCCGAGAUUCUAGUGUGGCUUCUGUUUUUUUGUGGGCGUGACCUCCCAUGCGGCAGGCUCCAAACCCCAUGCUGGGCUCUAGCUGAUGUAUCAGCGUUUCCUUCGGGUUAAAGCAGCUAAACAUCUGUUCGCGAUACAUUAGGCCUAUCGUUUCAGACAUGGUGAAGCUGUCGAAGAUUAAAACUUUCCAGGCAUACCUGGACUCCUGUGAGCGUAAGUAUAGCUGUGUCCAUUGCCGGGCACACCUGGCCAGCCACGAUGAGCUGCUGUCUAAGUCUUUCCAAGGCAGCCAGGGACGGGCCUACUUAUUCAACUCUGUGGUGAACGUGGGCUGCGGGCCAGCUGAGGAGCGCCUCCUGCUGACAGGACUGCACGCGGUGGCGGACAUUUACUGCGAGAGCUGCCACACCACCCUGGGCUGGAAAUACGAACAAGCUUUUGAACUCAGCCAGAAGUACAAGGAGGGGAAGUUCAUCAUCGAGGUGUCCCACAUGAUCAAGGAUAAUGGGUGGGAGUGAGACGGUACCCCCGUCACUCCCAAAGGACUUACAGAUACAGCACAGUGCUUGUAAAUGAGUGUUUUUAAAUGCCCCCCCCCCCAUGUAACUUGGACUGCUAUGUCUGUGUUUAUUACGCACUUGUGCCCAUGGAGAAAUGCGACCCUUCGGAUUCUGUGGUUUAGUAGAAUACAUGGUUUAUUGCAGGACUCCUGGAUUGCAGAUUACAUUAAUAAAUACUCUCUUUGUGUUUCUAAGCUAGUUUGCACAAUAGAUUCUGCAUUUGUAUUUUUUUCCCACAGGUUGAAUAAUAUGAAAGCAAGAAUAGUAUGUAGAUGUAGAGGGAGAGCAUGUGAAAUGGCUGCUGUGUAUGAGGAGACUGUAAAUACUUCUGUCAGGUUCAGCUGACGUGUAUGAAGUACAUUAUGAUGGUGUGAUAAGUUUGUGUGCUAUGUGUUUUGGGGGGAAAUGUCUGUAAAUAUGUAUAGAAUCGAAGUGUGUACAGUGUCUCAGUCUCAGAAAUGUCUGACUGUACAGUCUUAAAAAUAAAUAAGGAAACUGAUCCUGGACAUUAUUGUAAAAUGAUCAUAAUAAAUUAUUUAUAGUGUCUGGCA